AUGCUCAGUUUAGUUUGUAUUGCUAGAGAGUUUUUUUUUCUUUGGAAGAGUGCAUGUGAUCAGCACAGGGCCAAUCAGCACUGUCCAGACAGAGGGUCAGGGGUCAUGCAGUGUCAUAGAACAGAGAAUGAAAACUUCUCCUACAAGCUUUAAUCAGUGCUCGACCGGACACAUAAAAGUCACAAGACUGCUAUUUACUGCUGAUGAGAGGAAAGGUAUUUAGCAGUUUAUAUUUACUAAAAUAAUUGCAUUUCCAUGUUGUUUGUAGCAUAGACUAACUAU